AUGCUAUAUAACACGAAUCCAAUUGAAAAGGAACAAGAACAGAAACUUUGGACGAUAUACGCAUGGUGGGCCAGUGUUCUUAUUUUGAAGAUGAUGUCCUUGACUUGGAUCACAGGACGAGUUCGUGUUGCCAAACAGGUGAUACAUAGCGAAGAGGAUAGAAUAUGGAUGAAAGGAAAUCAAGUAAUAAUGUGCCCAAACGGUGGUGGACAUCCGGCAGUGGAUCGUAUCAGGAGUGCUCAUUACAAUGAUCUAGCAAUUGUUUUACCUUAUCUAUUGAUCGUACCGAUUUGGUUGAAUACCUCUCCAUGUUUUUUCUCAGCGAGAACGAUUAUGUUAAUAUUUGCCAUCAGUAAUAUGUUAUCGACUUUAAUGCAUUUGGAAAUAAUCGAGGCACCUAAUCUUUAUCAUGUCUUAUGCCGUAUCUGUUGUACCGCCAUUUUAAUGUACAUUUGUCUAUCUUGUAUGGUACGAUAUUUACAUAUCAUUUAAAAAUUAUAUAUAUAUAUAUAUAUAUAAUACCUCUUUCAUUAGGUUCUUUAUAAAUCGUAUAAGAUAUUUUCAGCGAUCUGCAUGCUAUGUCUGUAUCUCUUUAUUUCUAUCUCCUUUCUUUCUCAUCUCUUUCAUUCGAUGACUAACAAUCAUAAGAUAAUUUAAUGUAAUAAUAUCAAUCAUCUGAGUCAUCGUAUUCGUAUAAAGCGAUAAUUUAUAUAUUCAUUUUUUUUUAUUAUUUUAUUUUCAAUAAAAUCAU